AUGUCGGUGUCUGAAUAUGCUGAGAAGUUUGAGGACAUGGCUGCCUAUUCCAGACAAGCAGCUUAUGCACCAGAUGAGUUGUGGAAGAUUGAUCAGUUCCUCAUGGGGAUAAAUGCUGAUAUUGUACACAGUGUGUCUCAAAGGGAGUUUACCACCUAUGCUGAGUUUUUGAGGCAAUGCUAUGUUGCUGAGAACACAUUGAAGAGAGUCCAAGAUGAAAGAGAACAAAAUAAGCCGGUUCGUAGGGAACAAGGAAGGUCGAGACAGCAUUUGAAACCCCGCAAUUCUCCAGCUAUGAAGAAACAGGUUUAUGGAGAUCGCUCUACUCAGCCUCCCCGAUGUGGUAGAUGCAAGGCGAACCACUUUGGGAGCUGCAAGCCAGAUCUUGUGAAAUGUUACAAGUGCAAUCAGUUAGGACAUUUUGCAAGGGAAUGUACAGCCCCGGAUGUUCCUGAAAAGACUAAAGGUCGUGUUUACACCUUGGAUGCUAGGAAGGCUCAAGGAAACACCAAUCUUGUUGCUGGUACGUGUUUUGUUAAUAAUCAACCCUUGUUUGUAUUAGUAGAUUGUGGAGCGACACAUUCUUUUAUCUCUUAUCAUUGUGUGCGGAGGCUUGGUUUUGAGACAAGUUGUCUUCCAAAUCCUAUGGUUAUUUCUUCGGCCACUGAUGAUGUAGUAGAAGCUCGAGAAAUUUGCAAGGAGUGUUCUAUUACCUUCAAUGGUCGUAGAUUCUUGAUUGACCUCAUUUGUCAACCGCUUAAGAAGAUCGAUGUAGUACUGGGUAUGGACUGGUUGUCAGCUAACUCGGUGUACAUCGGUUGUAAAGAGAAGGCUAUCUUCAUUCCUGCUGAGGAGACUACACCAACCGAUGCCAUUGAACAUCUUCUAUAA